GUCGAAGACAUUUUGGCACAUUCCCAAGAGGAUUUGAAGGUGCUCCUCUCGACUCAUCUGUGGAAACCAAGAAUGGUCAUCAGACGUUCCCGCGGUCGACUCUGAGGCGUAUGGAGCCCGACACCCAGUCCCUGCGCUCACUCAUGUCCCACAGUUCAGAAGGCACCAUCGACUCAGCCUCCAGGAGCUCCUCCAGCAGCGGCGUCCCUGCAGAGCCGGACUGGGACUCCCCGGGCAGUCGCUACUCCCUCAGUGGACCUCUCUUCUCCAAAUCCCCGCGUGCCCCAACUAACUGGAAGCGUGGUCGCAUGCUGGGUUCUGGGGCCUUUGGUGAGGUGUUCCUGUGCUGUGAUGCUGACUCUUCUAUAGAGCUGGCAGUCAAACAGGUGCCGCUGGGCACGAUGAACGCUGAGGUGUCAAAGGAGGUGCGAGCCCUAGAGAACGAGCUGCAGCUGCUGCGUAACUUCCAGCACGAGAGAAUUGUCCAGUAUUACGGCUGUCAGCAGGAGAACAAAGUGCUGUCCAUCUUCAUGGAGUACAUGCCAGGGGGCUCCGUCCUGGACCACAUGAAGCAGUACGGUUCCCUCACAGAGAACGUCACUCGCAAGUACACACGUCAGGUGCUGCAAGGGCUGGCAUUCCUGCAUAAAAACGUUAUUGUCCACAGAGAUAUUAAAGCGGCCAAUGUGCUACGUGACACAAUUGGCAAUGUGAAGCUGGGAGAUUUUGGUGCGUCGAAGCGCCUGCAGACCAUAACGUCAGCCACAGGGCUCAAGACAGCUGUGGGAACGCCCCACUGGAUGGCUCCAGAGGUCAUCAACGGGGAAGGUUAUGGCCGCAAGGCUGACGUCUGGAGUGUGGGGUGCACCGUGGUGGAGAUGCUGACUAUGAGACCACCUUUCUCCGACUACGAGCCUUUCGCUGCCAUGUUCCAGAUCGCCACCUGCAAACAUCCCAAGUACGAGCUACCCACCAUUGCCAGCAUAGCUGUUAAAGAAUUUCUCAACUACACAUUUCAGCGUAAAGGCCCAGACCGGCCUUCAGCUGAGGACUUACUGGAUCAUAAAUUUGUGAAAGAUUUGACUUAACAUUGACGGCAUGGAGUUACUUAGGGUAUUAGUAAAAUAAUCAUUCUAUUAUGGUCAUGGAUGUGGAAGGCAGACUCUCUGUAACGAAGAGUCCAUCAGGAUGUGACAUAGUUGGCACAUGUUUCGGCUCGUGUAUCCGUGUGUCUAUAUGAACAUCUGACUUGUGGAAGGUCAGGGGUCAUGGUCAGUGGGGAGGCUAAUACCUGUGUACAUUACCGCAGAACGUGAUCUUCUGCCAUUUGUUUUUAUCGACAUUUGUAAUGGUACAUCACUCUGGGGCAAACUGGACCGUGUAGUUAAUGAACGGAUUGUUUACAUUGCCCCAGAGGAUUCCAACAUUGAUGUGUUUUGUGUGGAGCUCGUCAGAUUGGAGAAUCAGUGUGAGAGCUGAUGUUGUCAUAACUUACAGCGCCAUUGGAUUUUCUCCUGGCCACAUGUCAUUACAUUUUUGGAAAGGAGAUAACUGGUGUUGUUGAAACAUGUGGAUGCUUUUGAGAACUUAUGUGGGGCUGUGCCUGAGGAAGGCCGUCGUAACACAUCUGUUGAACAACUUGCCUCGUACUGAGUCACUGCAUCUUUCCUGGAAGGGCUCAUACCAGACAGAGAAGUGCUAAGAGUACAAAUCAGAUGGCUGGACAUUCGACCUUUGUAGCUCAAACAAAGAGGGAUGGUCCUCGUAUUGCGAGGGGUGUGAACAACUCUUGGCCUGUGCAGCUGUAUGUGUUCUCUUACCCUCUCAGAGCUGUGACCUUGGAGGCCUUGUGUUGUUGCCAAAGUGGUUCAAGUUGACCUUCGAAUCGUUUGUUUAGCCGAAGUGUAGCUUGUGGCCGCUUGUGAGGGUAAAAAGUGUGAAGAUCCAUCAACAGCAGAACUAUGUCUUGCCAAACAACAACCGCUUGAUACAACAGAUGUUUGAUUUGUGUUAGCUCGGCUUUGCCACUGGUAUGGCCUCAGGAACAGUCCCGGGGUUUUUACUGGUCUUUGCUGGUGGUGGCGAAAUGGAUUCUUUCUGUGCAGCUGUGAUCUUCUGUGGUAAUGGGAGCCCUCGUCCUUCUCCUCCAUGACCCUUCAUCCACAUGCUCAGCGACUUUUGUGCCCUAUUCACAUUUUUCCAACUUUUACACCAAUGUUCCAAGACCCUUAGACCCGGAAUGCCAGUGGUCAAAAUGUGUGGGUGUGAUUUCUUUUUUUUAAACUGUGGCUGAAAAUAGCCUAGUGAAUAAUACAUUUGGAUAAAGCUUCCUUUGCCCUUUUAGGGAUUGGGGAAGUUUUCACUACCCACACAACUUCCCACACAGGAUUUGGUUAAUCUUGACACUUCGUUCAUGCAGUGAUGUGCUAAAAGGUUUUUCACACAAGCUUCAUACCCCCUGACUUUCUCAAGCUGCCAUGAGAGUGCCUUGUUUUGCUUCCUGGAGAUUUACCAGCAUAUUUUGUUCUUCAUAGCGGUGCCAGACUCGCAUGGCAAAGCAGUGCCACAGAUGAAAGGGCUGUCACCAACCCUCAUGUUGGGCUCAGACAACAAGGGUUCAAGUCCUCACAAUCUGAAAUGGAUUUGCCACAGUGUUUAUUAGCUCUUCCUUUGCAUUGUCAGUAGGUCAGUUGAUUGGAAACUUUUAUAGUCAAGUUUAAGUGGAAGCUGUUGUAUUUGUCUAUGAAAAACAUCAGACAACACCCCCCCCCAAAAAAAAAGAAGAGGCGGUUCAGUUGUUUCCCCACUUUUAGGAAUCUUCAGCUUUGAACUUUGUUUUUCUGAGAUUCACAAAGGAUAAUCCUGAAAUAAAAGCAGUUAUUGAGGGCAAAGUAAAACCCUACAGGUUAAGUGAGUUCAUGGAAAAGGACUGCUGUGUUCUAACAUCAGUGUUGAACUUCUGUGUUCUGAUUCCAUGGUGUAUGUGUGGACAAAUUCUAAUCAAGUGUUUUCUCUUUUUUUCUCUCUCCAAAAUAGAUGAAAUCGUCAACCUUAUCAUGAAUUCAUGUUCCUCCACACAUUCACCAUGUCUGUUUGCAGAACAAAGAAUUAAGUUCUUGAAAAUAAGUUGGUACUGGUGGGAAGUUGGUACAGGUGGGAAAUAUGAAAGCUGAAGCCAUGACCAGUUUGACUUACUGCACCACAAGAUAUGAGCUCUUGCUCUCCAGGCGAGCUUGUGCUUUCAUCUGCCUCAGAGGUCUUGGCCUGAGAGCAGCGACCGGUUUGGGUAAACCAUUGUUGCUUUACUUUUGGGUUUCAUUUUUAUUAAAAAUAAUGAUAUAAUUAUCUUUUUAUGCCUAUAUGUCAUUGAAUGCAAUGUAAUAACUUUGUCUCACCCCAGAUUGUAAAAUUAAGAAUGCGUUUCUAACACUUCCACACCAGUGCCUCAAUUCUUAAGGAAAUGUCUCUCUACAUUUUAAUUUUGCAUUUUUUGUACUGUUCAUUUGUAAAUUUAAUGUAAAAAUUUAAACUGUGUGUAGUUGGAUGAGUGUCUGUCAUGUCUGGCCUGAGGAGUGUCAACACGGAUGUACAGGGCUUGAUUGUUGUAUGCAUCCUGUGUGUGACCGGCAGGUUUAGUGUGUGUUUGAGUUGUCUUUUGUGUCUGUUAGAUGUUGCGUUCACAGCAAGGAGCUGUUGUCCUGGAAGAACGCCACCUCAUUUUCUUGAGUGUGACAAAGGAAGUUAGGUGUACACUUUGUAUCAUAUAUGGUAGGCUCGUACAAAUGGCAAUUUGAUUUCUGGUUUCCAUCAAAAGCAGAGCCGUUGUGCUUGUUUGCUGUUAUCGAAAAGAUAUUCGGUGUGACUUGAAUAGACAAAACACUUAUGUUGUGAGUGGUCUGAUUAAAGAUGCUGUGUUUGAUUUCUGUAUAUGAAUAGUGAGAUCCUCUAAGUCUGAAUUGUUGAUUACUGCAUAUUUACUAUGUGGGGAGAACAGGUAUAUUCUAGUAAGGGAUUUCCCCCAGAAUCUUGACUCCUUUGGUAUAUUUAGAAAAUAAGCUUAUCCUUUUUAUGUGACGACUUUAAAUGCAGUUCUGAAGUUGAGACUUAGUUUCCAAUGUGAUUUGUUGUUGUCAGUCAGUAAAUACGAAUGUCAUUCUAAUGAAAUUCCCUGGUAAAA